CUAAAAUCCUGACUGAUGCUACAAAGUCAACCUCAGUGGAUGUGCUGCUGACAAACCUCAUCAGGGGGAACCUGCUUCCCUCUGCUCGCCUCUGGAUAACCACACGACCUGCAGCAGCCAAUCAGAUCCCUCCUGAGUGUGUUGACAUGGUGACAGAGGUCAGAGGGUUCACUGACCCACAGAAGGAGGAGUACUUCAGGAAGAGAUUCAAAGAUGAGAAGCAGGCCAGCAGCAUCAUCUCCCACAUCAAGACAUCACAAAGCCUCCACGUCAUGUGCCACAUCCCAGUCUUCUGCUGGAUCACUGCUACAGUUCUGGAGGAGGUGUUGAAGACCAGAGAGGGAGGAGAGCUGCCCAAGACCCUGACUGAGAUGUACAUCCACUUCCUGGUGGUUCAGUCCAAACUGAAGAGCAUCAAGUAUGAUGGAGGAGCUGAGACAGAUCCACACUGGACUCCAGAGAGCAGGACGAUGAUUGAGUCUCUGGGAAAACUGGCUUUUGAGCAGCUGCAGAAAGGCAACCUGAUCUUCUACGAAUCAGACCUGACAGAGUGUGGCAUCGAUAUCAGAGCAGCCUCAGUGUACUCAGGAGUGUUCACACAGAUCUUUAGAGAGGAGAGAGGGCUGUACCAGGACAAGGUGUUCUGCUUCGUCCAUCUGAGCGUUCAGGAGUUUCUGGCUGCUCUUCAUGUCCAUCUGACCUUCAUCAGCUCUGGUGUCAAUCUGCUGUCAGAACAACAAUCAACUUCCUUGUGGUUUAAAAUGUUCGUAGACGAUUCAACACUUUUCUAUCACAGUGCUGUGGACAAGGCCUUACAGAGUUCAAAUGGACACCUGGACUUGUUCCUCCGCUUCCUCAUGGGACUUUCACUGCAGACCAAUCAGACUCUCCUACGAGGCCUGCUGACACUGACAGGAAGUGUCUCAAAGACCAGUCAGGAAACAGUUGAGUACAUCAAGAAGAAGAUCGAAGAGACUCCCUCUGCAGAGAAAAGCAUCAAUCUGUUCCACUGUCUGAAUGAACUGAAUGAUCGUUCUCUAGUGGAGCAGAUCCAACAGUCCCUGAGUUCAGGAAGUCUCUCCGCAGAUAAACUCUCUCCUGCUCAGUGGUCAGCUCUGGUCUUCAUCUUACUGUCAUCAGAAAAAGAUCUGGAUGUGUUUGACCUGAAGAAAUACUCUGCAUCAGAGGAGGCUCUUCUCUGGCUGCUGCCAGUGGUCAAAGCCUCCAACAAAGCUCUACUGAGUGGCUGUAACCUCUCAGAGAGAAGCUGUGAAGCUCUGUCCUCGGUUCUCAGCUCCCAGUCCUCUAGUCUGAGAGAGCUGGACCUGAGUAACAACAACCUGCAGGAUUCAGGAGUGAAGCUGCUGAC